AUGUCUCCCUCUACCUCUUUGAUUAAAGAAGAGCCUGAUUGGCGACCUAAAGUGAUUAUAUUCGACCUUCUCACAGCCCUUCUGGACUCUUGGACUCUGUGGGAUGCGUCUACUCCAUCAGCUACAUCAAUGGAAGGAAGAGCUUGGCGCGAACGCUAUUUAGAGCUCACCUUCGGCGCUGGUGCUUAUGUUCCGUAUGAGAGCCUCGUGAGGCAAGCUGCAAGGGAUGUUGGUUUAACCGAGUCUGCUCCUGCAGCUCUGCUGCGGGACUGGCAGACUCUGCAGGCCUGGCCGGAGGCUGGUGGCGUUUUACAAAAUCUUAGCACUCAAGGGUAUAGACUUGGUGUGGUUACGAAUUGUUCAAAUCAUUUGGGGAACCUCGCGGCGCGGCGUGUGGUUGAUUGUAUGACUGGUGAAAAGAAAGAAGAUUUAUUUGAUGCGGUCAUCACUGCUGAAGAUAGUGGGUUUUAUAAACCAGUUCGGCAAGCCUAUCAGGCUAUCUUGACUGCAAUGGAGGUUGAAGCGAUUGAUGUGCUGUUUGUUGCUGGUAGUGCCGGAGACGUUGAAGGCGCAACAAAUGCUGGCAUGAAAGUUGUUUGGCAUAAUAGGGUUGGAUUGGCAACAAAAGGAAAAGCAGUUCCAUUGAGGGAGGCUAGGACACUUGAUGAAACGCUGGGCUGGUUUUUAUGA